GAAAACGGAUAUUAAACGAUCUUUAAUCAGCACUAUGCAGUCCAGUUGUGUGUUAGUGCUCGUCUUGGCCAGCUUGGCGCUGGUUGCCGCACGCCCGGAGCCGCCACGUGACACGUACAGCGCUCCUCCCUCGAGCAGCUAUCAGCCGAGUGGUCCCAGCGGCGGCUAUGGCGCACCUGCACCACAAUAUGGACCACCACAGCAGCCGCCAGUGGUGCACAAGCAUGUCUAUGUGCAUGUCCCACCACCAGAGCCCGAGUACCAGGCGCCCAGGAAACCUCUUUAUGUGCCGCCCCCACAAAAGCACUACAAGAUUGUGUUCAUUAAGGCACCAUCGCCACCGGCACCAACGGCACCCAUAAUUCCCCAGUUCCCGCAGAACGAGGAGAAGACUUUGGUAUAUGUGCUCGUGAAGAAACCGGAGGAGCAGCCAGAGAUUAUUAUCCCAACGCCGGCGCCGACGCAGCCCAGCAAGCCGGAAGUGUAUUUCAUUCGCUACAAGACCCAGAAGGAGGAGACUGGCCCCUAUCCCAACAGCAUUGCCCCGCCCUCUGAAUAUGGUGCGCCCGCUGCUCCGCCAGCUCCCUCCGCGCCCAGCAGCUCCUAUGGCGCGCCCUCACACUAGGCGAACCACUCCUUGCCACUCCCCUUUCGCCA